AUGUUCUCGUCUCGAAAGAAAGAUGAAGACAAGGACAAGGAUGGCUCUCGCGGUUCGGUAGCGAAGAAGCGGGCCGAACGCGAAGCCAUAAAUCAGAAACUCACACGCCUCAUGGAUGCGUUGGGAUUGGCUCCCGGCGACCCAGAGAGGGACGCCAUGCUCGACUGGUCCUUCGCCAAGAAGCAGCGCAAGCUCGAGGAGUGCAGCAAGUCCAAGAUUGAUCUCGACUCGGACGUCUUGGUGAUGGUGGAGCGGCUGCGCGAGAAGAAGAUGGACGUGGAGACGCUGGACGGGCUCUGCGAGAAGCUGGCCACGUCGAGCGUGGACUGGGUGAAGAACUUCAUCAAGUUUGGCGGCGUGGCCUGGCUCUACGAGUGCCUCGCCUUCUACGUCUACAAGGCCGGGUGUAUCCGAAAGCGGAAGAAGGAUGUGGAGAUACUUGAAUUGGUGGUGGCGUGCAUUGUAGAAAUGAUCAACAACGGCGGCUCUGGUCUCAAGGAGCUCACGUCGUACCCGGACUGUUUCCGCGUGAUCGUGCGCUGCCUGUCCUACAUCUCCACCAACAAGAAGUCGCUCAUCUUCGAGUUGCUCGCCGCCAUUCUCCUUCUCUCGGAGGACCUCUGGAAGGAUGUGACGUCGGCCGUGCGCCUCUACAAGGCCGUCUACCCGCAGGACUUCCACGCCCUCAUGGAGGAGCUCGAGACGGGCGAGGACCUGGACUACAAGGUCGCCUUCCUGACCUUCGUCAACACGAUGAUCGUGCAGGGCCAGUCCAUCAAGGACCGCGUCAAAGUGCGCGAGGACUUCAUGGUGGAGCGGAUCACCGACAUCCUGGCGGAAUUGAAAUCGAUCCACGCCGACGAUGAGGACUUGCAGGAGCAGUGCAUUGUGUUCGACGAGGAGUUGGAGAACGAUGGCGCCGAGCUCAAGAACCAGACCAUGUCCGCCAGAAAGCGCGCCGAGGGCGAAGAAGCCAACGAGGACAAACCGAUCGAGAUCAUCACCACCCUGUGGGAGAAGAUCAAGGGCUCCGAGAACGAAUCGACGUUCCUUUCGAUCAUGCACACGCUGCUCCACCUGGGACUCUCGCUCGACGGCGGCUCGCAGGACCCCACGCUCUCCAAGAAGGUCUGGGGCAUCAUCGACAAGCUCCUGCGCCAGUUCGAUCUGAUGGGCAAUGCCUCGGGUCUCACGUACGAGCACGUGCUGGCGGGCUUCAUGAAGGAGGCGCGCGUCAUCAACGCCAGCAGCGACGACAGCGCCGCCGCGCCCGCCGGCUCGCUCGCCUCCGCUGCCGUGGGCAUCUCCUCUGGCAAGAACUCCAAGCCCACCACCCCACGAGAUCCCGAUAGACCGCCCAUGCUGCCGUGGAGAUGGAACCUCAUUCCCCAGAACCAGAUCAAGGACACCAUCUUCGACGGCCUCAAGCCGAUGAAGCUCAUCGAUCAGGGCUACAUCGACACCGCCGAUCUGGAGAACGUGUUCGCCCUCAAGAGCGUGCCCAAGAAUUCCAACCUCAACGUGAUCGGAGUCGCGGCCUCGGGCGACGGCAAGGCCGGCGCCGGCAAAGUGGGCCAGGCCGGCAAGAAGGACAAGAAGGACCCCACCCUUCUCGACCACCAGCGGUGUAACAUUGUUUCCAUCGUCAUGCACCGCUUCCCGCAGACGCCCGAGGAAAUCGCUAAGUCCGUGGCCGAGCUGGACUACAAGUUCAUCUCCCUGCAGACCAUGGGCGAGCUGCGCAACCUGUUCCCCGCCAAGACCUACGAAGAAGAGAAAAAGAAGCUGUUGGAGUACAAGGACGACCCCAAGAACUUGGCCGAUGCCGAGCGAAUCCUGCACACCUUCUUCCAAGUGCCGCGCAUCCGAGAGAAGAUCUCGGUCCUGCUCUUCACCGAGGAGGCCAGGGAAAAGCUCCGUGACUGCCAGGAGAGUGCCAACACGGUGAAGAUGGCGCUCGAGGAGCUGCGCAGCAAGCGACUGCGACAAGUGCUCGAGAUUUCGCUGGCCGUGGGCAACUACAUCAACAACCCCAGGCAGCAGUGCCACGGUUUCCGCUUGUCCUCGUUGCUCAAGCUGAACGACGUGACGUCCAAGUCGAAGAGCAAGUUCACGCUGCUGCACCAAAUCGCAGAUAUCGUGGAGCAGAAGUUCCCUGAGCUCCUGGUCUUCCCCGAUGAGCUCGCCCACCUCCAGGAGGCCAAGACUGCUGUGGAGAGUCUGCAGGUGGAGACCAGCUUCAUCAAGAAAGACUUCAAUCUGCUCAAGACCGAGAUGGAGCUCUGCGCCAAGGAGAAGAACGACCGCUGGGCCAACCACUUGGAGAAAUACUACAAGGACAUCGAGAAGCAGCUCACCAAGCUCGGUGAGAUGGAGGAGGGCUUCAAGAAGGACGUCACCUACUUUGGCGAGAGGUCCGCGGACGAUUUGAGCUCUUUCUUCUCCGACUGGGACAAGUUCACCCAGUCCUUCCAGACGGCGGUCAAGUACAACAUCACGGUGAGGCGCAAGCAGGAGGCGAUCGAGAAGAAGGAGGCCGCGCUGGCCAAGAAGAAGGAACUGCUCGAGAAGAAGGAGCUCGCCAAGAAGAAGAAGGAAGAGGCCGCCCUCAAGAAGAAGAAACUGACGAAGGAGGCCAAGGACAAGAAGGACGACAAGGAGCCCAAGGACAAGAGCGACCCGCUCAAGAAGGAGGACAAGAAGUCCCUCCUCAUGCGGAACAGCUCCAAGAUCAAGGACUUCAAGAGCCUCGACGUCAGCCCGCCGACCUCGCCACGAGUCGAGUUCAGCAAGAGCGAGGCCGAUCGUAAGGUGGGCGUCACGAAGAAGACCUCCAUGCUCCUCAACGACUUCCCCAAGAGAGAGGAGGUGCCGCGCAAGAAUGUGGUGAAUGUGUCGGACGUGGAUUCGGUGGUGGACGAUUUCUUCAAGUCGGCCCCGGUGGGCGAGUCCAACGAGAAGGGCACCGUCAAGCAGCUCGUCGCCUCGCUCCGCACUUCGACCCGCUUCUCGAAGAUGCGAGUCAACCGCGAAACACGACACGAGGAGUCCGUGUCGCUCACGACGGAGCAGAAGCUAGUGAAGCAGGUCUCCACGCGUCUCCCCAAGUUCAACCUGCCCGCCCGGGACUGA